CUCCCUUUCUCUUCCAAAAUUUCCCUCUGCAAACCUUAACCCCCAAAAUUCCUCUUGCUCGAGCCUCGCUGUGUCUCUCUCGCUCACUCUCGCCGUUGAAUGUCGCUCGCCCUCGCUCGCUCACUCACACUCAGUCGCUCUCGCCCUCGCUUGCUCACUCUCAGUCGCGCUUGCCCUCGCUACCUGACUGCCUCUCGAUCGCUCUUGCUCACUCACUGCCCUCGCUCGAUCGCUGCUACCUGCUGCUCCAUUUGCAAAUUCGUGGUCUUUGAUGACUGGUUCGUUUCUUCCUCAACGAGAGCGCCUCUCUCGGAAUUCUUGAGAACUGGUCGAUCUCGUUUUGCUCCUUGCAAUUCGAAGCGCUGUGCCGUGAUUCGGAACCGGAAGGAGAAGAAUCCGCAGUUGCUCCCUUUCUCUUCUUCCGCAAACAUGGAUCCAACCACUUCUUGGGAUUCCCUUCGCAAACAGGCAGCUACCGCUACAGCAGAGGCUGAUUUGCCUCCAACACAUCCCAUCCGAUUGGGAUUGGCCUUGAAUUUCUCAGUCUUUUAUUAUGAGAUUAUGAAUUCACCAGGGCUUGUCAUCUUGCAAAGCAAGCUUUUGAUGAGGCCAUUUCAGAGUUGGAUACUCUGAAUGAGGUAAUUAUUAUCAUCACUAUUGAACUUCACU